UUUGUCGCGUCAAAGUUGCGUCAUUUGAGCGACGCGGUCCAUGUGUUUAGUGUUAAACAGUCGAAAGCGUUCCUUUCAGACUACUUGCUUUUACAAGGAUGGCUGCUGUGGAGGAAUCCAAGAAAAGAAAAAAGAAGCAGUACUCAAAUUGUGCUAAGAAGUAUAAGAACUACGAUGAGCUUACUGUUGGAAUGCAGGGAAUAUUGAUCACAUGCAAUAUGAAAGAGAAGAAAUGCACAGCUGAGGCUUACAGCCUGCUGAAUGAAUAUGCUGAUAAAUUAUAUGGACUUGAAAAGUUCACUGAAGGUGAAGAAAAUAAAUCCAGUGAAGAUGAAGAGGAGGAAGAUGAUGAUGCUGAAAGUUCUUUGAAAGAAGAAGUAAAACAGAUUAAUUUGUCCAUAUCUAAGAAGCAGAGAAGAUUUCAGGCUAUGGAUAGUGGAGCGAACAAUGUGGUGUUUGUCAGAACUCAAAAUAUAGAUCCUGAGAAACUUGUGCACCAUAUACUUCAAGAACUCCACACAACAAAGAAGAGAAAAUCCCGGGUUAUUUACCGAAUGCUGCCAGUGAGUGGGACCUGCAAAGCUUUUCUUGUGGAUAUGGAAAAAUAUAUGUCCACAUUUCUGGAGCCUUGGUUCAAAGCUCCCAACCAGGCAACAUUCCAGAUUGUCUUUAAAGCUCGAAAUAACAGCCAUGUGAAAAGGGACGAGGUGAUCAAGACAUUAGCCGCACUUGUGAGCAACAUGAAUCCCAAAAACAAAGUAGACCUAACUAAUCCAGAAUAUUCAAUUGUAAUUGAGAUAAUCAAGAAUGUCUGCUGUGUAAGUGUUGUGCGGGACUAUAUGUUGUUCAGAAAGUUUAACCUACAAGAGAUUGUCAAGUCUGAUACAAACCAAAACCACAAAGAACAGAUGGGUUCAGUCACCAGCUCAGAAAGCUGCAAACAGCAAGCAAAACAGGAGGAAGUAGGAGUAACAGAAGAGGAGAAAGAAGAGGCAACUGACCAGAAAACAAAUCCUAACGGGUCAGCAACAGAAGAUAAAGCGUGACAAAGUACUGUUAAAACUAUACAAACAAAAUGCAUCUGCUUUGGUGCAUGACCGUAACUUGUUAGGGAUGCUCAUGCCAGUUUCUGCAUUCUUCAAAUCAUGAUGAAGGUUAUCAAUGAGUAAAAUAUUUUUGUCCAAGUGAAACACCGGAACAAGGGACAUUUAUUUCAAUCGCCCUUGACUGCUUUCCUGUUGAUGUAAUUGCAGCAUUUUGUUGAUCUUGAUGAGUGGGUUUCCAUAGAAGGGACAUGUUUUGUAAAUAUAAUGAAUGACAUGCUAGGAUAGACAUACCAUAGUGCUUGUCUUUCAGGUUCUUAAGAUUAUAUGUGGAUUGAAAAGUUUUUACAUUUCUGAAUACAGUGCGUAGCAUACUUUAAGUUUUUUAAAUUGUGAUUAUUAAAUAUUUUACUUUUAUUAUUUUUUGAGGUAUGUGUGAAGGAGAACCAUAAACUGGAAAUGAUGAGCUUGUGUCGUGAUAUUUACCUGACCAGCAUAUGUUUAAAAAUGUUUUUCCUUUUCCUGUUUUGUGAAGGCAAAUGUGGAUUAAAACAUUUUGACACAAUAAAUGAAAUGGAUUCUCGCAAACA